AAAAUUGCCACUUUUUCUUGCUCAAGGUCGUACAAAAUUUAAAGAAAAUUUUACAAGAACUUACCAUUAAAUAAAAUCUCUGCGGACAGAAAGACGUCUCUAGAUAGAAUAUAGCAUGGGAGUAGUUUAUGCCAAGGAGUUACCAAGUAAUGGGCCUAAUCAGGUGGAUGACUCCCACUCACAACAUGAAGUAGUAGAAAGAGAGGAGGUCGAAGUUGACCUGGCAAAAACACCAGCACAUGUUCAGAAGGUUCACAUUGAUGGUCUUGGACGUACAAAGAAUGAUUUUGUUACAGAUGAAGUGGAUGAACUCUUCAAAGCAGAAAACUUUGAAGAUAUGAUAAAGAAAUGUGCAGAGACGAAAAUGAAACUGAACAACCUUGGAAUCUUCAAGAAGAUCAGCAUCUUAGUAGACACCAGUAAAGGGGAAAAAGCCAGGCCUGAUGGCUAUGAAGUUACAUUCAAAGUUGAAGAGAUGAGACGUGUUGGAGGAACACUGAACACACAUGUUGGCACAAAUGAUGGUACAGUGUCAGUAGGUGCUAAAUUACCCAAUAUAUUUGGCCGUGGGGAGAAGUUUGACGCCACCUAUACAUAUGGAACCAAAAACACAGUUGGUUACAACGCCACCUUUAGGAGACCACUCAAGAUAAAUAAAAAAUGGAGCAGUGUAUCCAGCAGUAUAUACAGAUAUUCUGGUGACUUCCCCUGGAGUGGCUAUAGUGAGACAAAUACCGGAAUAGACCUCAACUUUAAUUUUAAGAGUAUAUUUGGUGACCAUGCCCUCGGCUGGGAUGGUGUGUGGAGAGAUCUUGGUUGUAUCAACAGACAGACAGCUUUCGUAGUACGAGAACAGUGCGGUCACACUCUCAAGUCAUCUCUAAAGCACACUGUUGUACAAGACCAUAGGGACAAUAAGAUACUUCCUAACCAUGGCUCAUAUCUCAGAAUAACAGAGGAGUUUGCUGGUCUAGGGGGAGAUGUGCAGUUCCUGAAACAUGAUAUGGAACUCCAGCUCAACAGAUCCUUUAUACUAGAUACUGUGCUGCAGCUCUGUCUGGCUGGUGGUGUUAUGAAAGGUUUACAUGGGAAGACCAUGUUAAAUGACAGGUUCUAUGUUGGAGGACCAUUAACCUUGAGGGGCUUUAAUCUCAGAGGUGCAGGACCAAAUAGUGAUGGCAACUCCCUCGGAGCAGAGACGUAUCUAUGUGGAGGUCUUCACAUGUAUACUCCCCUUCCUUUUAGGCCAGGAAAGGGAGGCUUUGGGGAAUUGUUUAGGACACACUUUUUCGUAAAUGCUGGCAAUGCAGUCAAUGUAGAUUUCAAUACAACAGCAAUAGAGAACUUACAACAGUUGGUUGACACAGUGAGGUUGACAUAUGGUAUGGGGGUAGUACUCAACCUAGGAGGUGUAGCCAGACUGGAGUUGAACUAUUGUAUACCAGUCAAGUCUCAACCAGGAGAUAGUGUCAACCCAGGUGUGCAAUUUGGAAUUGGUGUUUCAUAUCUAUGAUGGACAUUACAUAUAGACAAUAUGUAGGAAAUAUGGAAAUAUAGAUAAUAUAAAGAAUCACAGAAUAUCUAGGGAAUCACAGAAUAUCUAGAAAAUCGCUAGUCAAUAUUUAGGGAAUUGCUGCUGACUAGAAAAUGAUGUGUUAACAUUAGUUGUGCCAAGCCUUAGUACUAAACUGACUAUUGAUAUAGCAGCUAUUAAAAUGCCAUUCCUUCGAAUCAAGUCUUAAUGAAACUUAUUAAAUUAAAAAAACGCAUUUAUGCUCCUUGAAUUUGAAGUCAGUUAUUGCCAAAUUUUACAUUUGUAUUGAAUCGUGUCUGGAAGAUUCACUGCCAAAAAAGGCACAUACAUGUAUUGUGUUUGAAAAUGACACUCCAUGUC